CUGCUGUCCGCUCUGCCGUGCUUUGUGUUUGGGUUUUUGGACAACUCAAUCAUGCUCGUGGCGGGCGAUGCGAUCGAGUCGAGCCUCGGCGCGAAGCUCGGCCUCUCGGGCCUGGCGUGUGCCGCGCUCGGCAACGUUGUCGCCGACACCACAGGCAGCAGCGCGCCGCCUCCUGCUGCCCGCCUGCCUGCCUGCCUGCCUCCUACCUGCCUUCCCGCGCAGCAGCAGAUGCGAGCGGCCCGCCUCACCACCGCCAGCGCGGGCGCAGUCGGCAUCAUCAUCGGCUGCCUCGUCGGCUGUUUCCCGCUGCUGUUCAUCGAGGGGGAC